UGCUGCGGGGGCCGGCGGAGCGCGGCGGCGGCGCGGAGCCGCGAGGGCCGUGGUGGGGCGGCAGGCCGGGGCCGGGCGGCAGGCCGGGGCCGGGCGGUGGGAGCCCGCGGCGAGGGCAGCCCGCGGCCGGACAAAGCAUGGUGGAUGCCGAGGCGGCAGCAGCAAGAACCCCGGCGGAGCCCCGCGGCAGCCUGGCAAGGCAAGGGGAUCCUCUCAGGAGCAUUGGGAGGUUAAAUCAGAGCUGGUGUCUCCUUGGUUAUUGGCCUACAUGCCUAUAAGAAGCUGCCACAGAGUGCUGAAGGACAAAUAUGGGGAGUUUUCUCCUCCAGCAUUCCAUGCUGAUUUCCCUGUAAGCUUUUGGUGCAACUGGACAAUCUGGGCAGGCUCCAGGAAGCACAUCAUCAUUUAUAUCCAGGGAUUUAUUGCUAAGGAUGCUUGCAACAAAAACGAGGACAAAAUUCUGUUUGAAGGAGUCUCCUCCCUGGUGGAAAACAGUGUUGUUUAUGCCUGCUGGAAAAAGGAGAUGCAUGUCUUUGCCACCUUUGCUCAGGCUGUCCAUGUUGUGCUGCUGAAGAGGUACUUGCCAAACCAGAGAGAUGCAGGAUUUAAAGGGAAGUACUACAUCUUCCAAGACCAGCAAGGUGCCUCUUCAUCCAAAGAUGAUGUGAUUUCUGGAACUUCUGCUUCAAAACUGCCAAAGAAAGGUGGUGGCUUUCAGUCUGGCUGGGUUGAAAACUUUAGAGAUGCACCGGGCUUUGCAACCACGCAUGGCAGCACCACUGUGCUAAGCAGUGAACGGAUGCAGGGAAGAGGGAUCACUCUGGACACCACAGCUGUGGGAAGUCCUACAGAGCUUCUCCCAUGUGAACAUGCAAGCACACAGGCUCUGGAAACAACAGCUCCUUGUGGGCUGGGGUCUGAGCUGCUGGAGGCUCAGGAAGCUCCAGGUAUAGGAACACCUGAGGGAAUAAUCCCCACUGCAGCUCAGGAUAUCUGGGGGCAGAAUCCCUCCGCGAGUGAGGGCAGUGCUGUGAGUUCUGCUCCUGUGCACAGUGUGCUUUUGGAAACUCCUUUGCUUGGUGCCUUCCAGGGAGCAGAACCUUUUUGGCAGCCAGCAGGUGUGAGUCUGGAGAGCAGCCAGCCUGUCCUGAGCCCUACCCUGAGGCCAAAAGGUCUGGGCCACCUGCAGCUUACCAUUAAACCAACAGGCACGGGUCGCCUGGCCUUGGCGGCACACCAUGAGCCUCUGUCCCCUGGCACAGGACAAAGCCAGGAGGGCACAGAUCCCACCAGGGACAGCCAGCUCAGCACAGCCAGCCUGGAGAAGGAAGGAAGCCCUGCCCUGCUGAGUGUCCCAGCUGAUGGCCUCGCCAAGGACCUGAUGCCCAGCCUGAGGAGCCCCUCUGAUGUGGCCACCAGGGACCAUUUGCAGCUACUUCCUGAGAGAAGCCAAAGCAGUCUGGGGCAUUUAUCCAUGCCUAAAGCUCAGCUAGGCACAACUGGCCUCCAGCAUACCAAGCUCAUGGAUAUUUCCUCACUGGGAAGUUUUGGGGGAGCUGUCAGGAGGAGAAUAGCACUGCAUCCCACAGCACCAGGGCUGGCUGUACCUGCUUUGGCAACAGGGCUGGAGCAUCCUCUCACACCGGUGCCUGCCCUGGGGACAGAAGCCAUCCCUGUGCUGGUGACCUCCUCCACAGUGCCUAUCCCUGAAGGCUUUGGCUCUCUGGAUUUAGUUCCUGAAGCACCUCUUCCUCCACAAGUGGACUCUCUGUCCAUGGUGGCCUCUCCAGCAGCUGCUCUGGAUUGGGACCCUGUCAGUCUCAGGCAGAGGGACAUCUCCCCAGCUAGCUCAGGAGGACAGGAGAUGGUCUCCCCUUCACCACCUUGCCAUCCAUCAGUAGCCUCUGAACUGGACACACAUGGGUCCUCCAGAUACCUUGGCCCUGGGAAGCAAAAGUUGGUGCUGGGACAGGGAAGUGAAACCACAGCCUCUGUGGGCCUGAUGGCCAGGAGUCCCUCCCCAGUCUUUGUCACUGUCCCAGGACCUGGUGUGAGGCUUGCUCAGCCUGAGGGCCACGUCACCAGAGGCUCUGGGGUGACACCAGCUUCCCUGCCAGACACCAGAGAGGUGCAUGAGGUGCCUGUGCAGAAUCAGGACAGUGCUCUUAGUGACAAACCAGCUUCUGUCUCCAGAUUCAGGGGGUUUAAAAAGCAGGGAGCCACAGAAGCUGUGCAAGUGGGUGCAGGACAAGGGACAGCUGCCUCCUUCAGCACCACUCCUGCACACCCUGAUCUGCCUGCAGCUCUGUGGGGAGAAACAUUGCCAAGAGACCAAAAGCCUUGGGAGCCCUCUGGUGUAGCCAGGAACACCGAGAUGGCAGAAGGACAGCAAGGGAAACAUGCUGAGGUGUCAGAGCUUGGCCCUCCCUGGGUAACUGAGUACUUUCCCAUCAGGAGCUGCCACCUCAUCUUCCGGGAUGGGUCUGGCCUGUUCUACCUCCCACUGCAUGCUGACAUUAAUGCCAACAUCUGGUGCAACUGGACCAUCUGGGCGGGCCCCCAGAAGCACAUUGUCAUCUAUGUCCAAGGGUUCCAGGGGAACGAUGGCUGUGGCAACAACCAGGACAAGAUCAUCUUCCAGGGGGUCUCAUCAAGUGUGGAAACCAAAGUGGUGUUUGCCUGCCACAACCAAGGCACUCUGGUCUUUGCUGCACGAGCCACUGAGGUCCAGGUGUUGUUUCUGUCAGGGAGUGGUUCCAGAAGCCAUGAGUACAGGUGUUUUAGAGGACAGUAUUAUGUAUUCAGAGACUCUGAAACUGUAGGCUCUUCAAGUGAUACCAUAGCAGCUCCCCAGGAGCCUGUCCAGGACACCUCUAAAAAUGAGAGAUGGAGGACAGUGGUGACCAAAGGUUUAUUCUCCAUGCUGACAGCUCCUCCAGGCCCACCAGCUGCACCUGCUGGUGGCAGGAUCCAGCCUGGCAUUGUGAGCCCAGAAGGGGUGGGCCAACAGUCUCCUGAUCUCAUGGAAGAUGGCCAGUCUGGUGCUAACCAGAGUACACAUGGUCAGGAUGAAAACAGGCUGGAAAAGAACCUUGAGGACAGUGGCAGCAAGGGCAGAGAAAAUGAAGAUGACAUGUUGGUGGAGCCAGCUCCAGCUGGGCAAGGCACUGGGGGCAGAGCUGAGCCACCUGCCUUGGAGCUGUCCCCUGGGACAGCCCUGGUCACCAUGGUCCCACGUCACCCAGCUGGUUCCCCUUGCUCAGAGAUGACCAGCAGCAGUGUAGGUGUCUCUGACACAUCACCUACCCUGGGUCAGGCCAGUGGCAGCCACUCAGAAGUGCCAGCUGCUGCACAUCACACACAGACACCAGAGCUGGCAGAGCCACCACUGAACACCAGCACAAAACCACCUCUCUACCCCUCUUCUGGUGUGACUGCUGCUGAUGCGGUGUCUCUGGGAGGGAGGACUGAAGAGAUCUUUGAUCUGAUGUCACCUGUGGGCAAUGACACAGGACUGCAAUCCCAGCACCAUCCUGGAGAUGUGCUGUUUGAAGUCACUGCUGAAAUCAAAGCCAAGGGCUGGAUUCCUGAUGGUGGGAAAGAGUUCCAAAAGGGUCUCCUUGAAUCUCUGAAGAAUCAUAUCCAGAAGAACCUGAAGCUUUCUGCCAAUAGAGUCAGUGAAAUAAAGUUAAAGGAUGUCAAAAGGACAAGGGAUGCCAACCUGCUGCUCACCUUCUGGCUGCACCUGGAGCCAGAGGAGAGGAACACAUCUCUGCUCCUGCGCUCACAGCUGGAGGAGCUGCUUGGCACCUCGGUGGGUGUGGAGAAGCUGCAGCUUGUUUCACUCUUCGUUGAAGAUGUGAACGAGUGCCAGGCUGGGCUUGGCCUCUGUGGGGAGGAGGCAGAGUGCUUCAAUGGCGUGGGCACCUACCUGUGCCGCUGCAAGAAGGACUACGAGGACCAUUCUCCCACCAAGUCCGGCACGCUCUGCAUCCGCGCUCCCCGAACAGGGAUCAGCACCUUCCUCCGCCACGCUGACAUGCUGGUGGGGGCAGCCCUGGUGGCCGGCCUGGUGCUGCUGGUGGCCUUUGGUGGCCUCUGUGUCAUGGCCCUGUGGGGCCAGGCCCCCGGGAGGAGCCCAAGGCCUGAGGAGGCGGCGGUGAGGGCCGGGGACGAGCCAGCCAUGGAGCUGCACGGCCUGGAGGAGUGCCUGCAGCUCGACCCCUUCCAGCUGAAGCUGCGGGCCAGGCCCCCCGAGUGGCUCUGGAGUGUCCGUGCCCACCCUGGCCAGGCGGGACUGCAAUUCCCAGAGCGGCCUCCCCCGCUCUGAGGGGGGCGGGCCUCGGAGACCCGUGCAGGCACUCCUGCAUUUCCCCAGGUUUCUGCCACAACCCCUGGCUGUGCCAACCCUUCUGCUGUGUUUUAUGGACCCUGAAUAUCCCACAACAGUGUUCCUCAUGUUGUAACUUAAUUUUUUUUAAUGCUUGCUCAGCUUGGGGAGCAAAAUGUUUGCUCCACCCUGCUGUAUGCUUGCUGAUUUACCCCUACUCGAGAUCUGCACAGGAAAAUUAAAAACUUCAUUUUUCUUUUAAAGAAAAAAGGAAAUAA